AUGUCGUCGCUGCGAACGCAAUCGACCGGCGGCGGUGUCGUUGGUUUGAGCAGCGUCGGUUCCGAUCGGACCGGCGCCACCUCGACCGCUGGCGGUUCUCAUUCCCACUCGCACCGGAAGCACCAUCAUCAUCACAGAAGCCGUAGCGCGCCGCGGGCGCCAGAGAAACCCCCGCGGAAGCGUCACCUCAACACCGGGCACAGCCUCGCCUCCAUUCCCAGCCAGAUUAAGCUGUCGAUGCUGAACAGCGGUCUCAUCUCGUUUGCCACGGAGGAGCUCGGUAGCAGCAUGAGCACCACCCUGCCGUCCGCUCCCACCGAACUAUCGCAGUACCCGAAGCUCUGCGAUCUGCGCCGAAAGUUUCCUGUUCUGUACCGCGUCGAGUUUCAGAUAGCGACCAAGGUAGAAACACACGCAUGCAGACACGCCACGAAGCCAGCCAACAAAGAGAAGAAUCAAAACCAGAGAUGUAUUCCAUAUGAUUACAACAGGGUGGUGCUGGACACGAUAGAAGGCGAGCCCGAUUCCGAUUACGUCAACGCGUCUUACGUGGACAGUAUAUUGAAGCCGAACGCGUACAUAGUCACGCAGGGACCGACCGAAAACACCGUGACGGAAUUCUGGCGGAUGGUCUGGCAAGAGAGAGCCUGCUGUAUCGUUAUGCUCACGAAAACAUUCGACUUCAUUAGGGUGAUGUGCGUCCAAUAUUGGCCGGCCAGUAAGGAAAAGGACGAGGAAUAUGGCGGGAUCGGGGUCUCGGUGCUGAAGGAGGAGGAGCUCGCCAAUUUCCACAUACGGACGAUAAAGCUUUACAAGAAAAACGAGAACGACGAAGUGACGGAGGAAAGAACGUUGUUGCAAUUCCAUUACACCGAAUGGCAUUCCCACACGUGUCCCUUCGGCAACGCGGUUUUGGAGUUUCGCAGGCGUGUCAGGGCGGUCGUUGGCUCGACGAUAAAGAACGAAUCCGGUCCCAUGGUCGUCCACUGCAAUGACGGUGGCGGACGAUCGGGAGUGUAUCUAGCGAUAGACGCGAACAUGGAGUUGGCCGAGGAGGAGGACGCCUUCGACGUGUUCGGGUACCUGAAGAAGUUGCGCCAAAGUAGAAGAGGACUCAUCGAGGACCUGGAACAGUACAAAUUCGUGUACGACACGUUAGAGGAGUUCGUGGUCUGCGGGACCUCGUGGUUCCCGGUGUCGGAAUUAUCCCAACGUCUCAAGCAGAAGAGCGUAAAAAAUCCGAUCACCAAGGUGAACGAGUAUCAGCGGGAGUAUCAGCAAAUUUGUAAGCAAACGCCGCGUUUUACGAUCGGGGAUUGCGCCGGCGGGCAUAGGGCCGACAACAGGGAGAAGAACAGGGACGUUCUGGUGGUGCCACCUGACAAUUUCCGACCGUAUCUCACCAGUUUCCAGGGUAACAGUUACACUGACUAUAUAAACGCUGUCUUCGUGGAUGGUUACACGAAGCCGCGGGAAUACAUCGUAACGGAAUGGCCCCUUCGACACACGUGCGGUGAGUUCUGGUCCCUGGUUUACGACUACGAAUGCGCGGCCGUGGUGGUGCUGUGCGUGCCGCCCCCGGGAUCCACGAAUUUCCCGAGCUUUUGGCCCGAAGGGAAACACUCGAAGAAGUACGGCCCCGUGUUCACGAUCGAUCACAUCAGCCACAAUCACUAUACGAACAUCAAAACCUGGAUAUUCAGGAUAAACAAGAAGAUUGUCUCGCUGACGGAGCUUAUGGCCGGCGUGAAGGCACCGCCGAAGACGGUUCAACUAUUUCAGUUGACUUGCUGGCCGAUGGGUCACAAAGUUCCGACGUCGACCAACAGUCUAGUGGAGCUGAUGAAUAUGGUCGAGAGAUGGAGGCAACGAACGGAUUACGGGCCGGUCGCUGUGGUUUCGCCGGACGGACGAAGUCGUUGCGGCGUUUAUUGCGCCGCGAACGCUUGCAUAGAACAGGUGAUCCAGCACGGGGAAGUGGACAUCUUUCAGGCCGUUAAGACUGUCCGUAGGCACAGGCCUCAACUGGUCGAGAACAUGACCGAGUACAAGUACUGCUACGACCUGGUCCUCCAUUACGUGCUACACUACCUGAACAAGGACAUGAACGAGAAGAAGUGA